UAUAACAUGGAGAAACAUCUGUAUUGCUUUACUGAGUUCUGAUGAAGUUAAUUUAGCUCGAAAUAUCCUUGAUAAACAUUCUGACACUGCCAUUGUGGAGGUAUUGUUGCACUGUUUACGAUGGAGCUUGAUACACUUUCUGCCGUUUUGUAAGAAGAGCAAGCAGUUUGCAACUGUUUGGAGCCACUGGAGUGACAUGGAGAAGUAGAAUUGAUAGUUUUUAGCCUGUUGGUCCAUGAUAGUAUACCUCCAGAAUGGUGGCCUGAAAAAUUUAUGGUAUCCCUCAUUAUAAAUCAGAAACGUUAUUGACAGAAAAGAUAUGAAUAGAAUGAUGGUGAAAUGAAUCGUAAUCUUUAAUUCUUUAUAUAGGAAAAAGUAAAAGCACAUGUAAAGCAAUAAAAGAUGUAUUGAGAAGUCACUAUUGCAAGCUGAAGGAAGCCACAGAGAACUGCCUUCAAAAAAUAGCUGACAAAAUGUACAGCGAAGGCCUAAUUAAUAGAGAAGUUCGAAACAUGCCUACCUUUGAAAAAAUAGAACUUGAUUUUCUAUCACUGAUUUCUGUACACAUAGAAGAUGUUUCUAUUCUUGAAGAAAAAUGUCAAUUAUUUUUAUCAUGUCUUGCUAUUGCAGAAGGACCAGCCAGAGAUGAAGCAAUUGCUCUUGCUGAAGAUUGGCAACAGGAGGUGUUCAAAGACCACCAUGUAUCAUUUACACUAUUGAUACGCCAGCAAAAAACAAAACACUCAUCUGCUACAGAAAUUGAGUUGAGCUCUGAUCAUACAAUAUCUUUACAGCUUCAGAAUCUUCUUAAAAAGUUUCCAGGACUAGUGAGAGAUAUUAGAAAGUUUUACGCAAACAGUAAAGAAUAUGAUGUGAUUGAUAUUGCUCGCUGGAUAGAAGAAAGUUACGAAGUGACUGGUCUUGUUCGUGAUGGCACAACAGUUGAUGAAUUUUUUAAUGUUCUACAACCUCAUUAUAACUUUUUGUGUAUUGACCCGUUGUCUGAUCUUAUGGAAGAGUAUCCUAUCAAUGAUCAGAAUGUAUUAUUAAAGUAUCAUGACUAUACUCAGAAUCUUAAAAGUUUUACCGAUUCUGCAAAGAUGAGUGAAGUAUUGACUAGUAUUGAAGCUGCAUUGACUGAAAAUGUUUUUAAAACUGAUCCUAAAGUCAUCCUGAAACUAUCUGGAAAAUGGGCUGAUAGAACAAUAAAAAAUCUUCAAAAAUUGAUAGAAUACUUUUUUCGUGAAGAAGCAAAGCACCUUACAAUUAAAACGAUGUUGAAAGGAUCAAUAGAAAUUCAUUUUUUGGUCUCCUCUUAUAAAGUCGUUCAUUCUCUUAUUGUCAAAGCACAAGAUAAAGCUAAAUUUAUGAGUCAUUUUGGUAUAUUUAAACUUACCAUUAACCAUCAAACCAUCAUUGAUGAGGUUGAAGAUGUUAACUUUAGUUUUGAAAAGCCGCUUCUACAUGCCAUCCGUAUUAUUGACAGAGAUGAAGAAUAUGAGAAUAUGGUAGCACUACUUGUGGAGUUUGACAUAAAUAUUAAUUAUCAAGACAUUUUUGGAUUCACGGCAUUAAUGAUUGCUUCUUGGGGUAAUCAUUAUCGAGUUGUGGAGAUCUUGCUAGGUAAGAGCCCAGAUAUCAACAUUCAAAAUAAAAAAGGAGUCACUGCUUUAAUGAUUGCUUCUAAUUAUGGGAACACCCGAACUGCUGAGGUCUUGCUAACAAAAGAUCCUGAUAUUGAUGUUAGUGCAUUUGAUGGAUGGACUGCUUUAAUGUUUGCCUGUCAAAAUGGACAUCGUGAUGUUAUUGAACUUUUACUCAAUAAAAAUCCAGAUAUUGAUAUUCAAAAUGACACAGGAGAAACAGCACUGAUGGUUGCUUGUGGUAAUGGGCACACCCAAGUUGUUGAAGUUUUACUGAAUAAAAAUCCAAAAAUUAAUAUUUGUGCUAAUGAUGGAUGGACAGCAUUGAUGUUAAGUUGUUCUAAAGGUUAUGAUAUAAUCGCGGAGCUUUUACUUAGAAGAAAUGCUGAUACCAGUAAUGAAGAUAAAGAAGGAUGGAAUGCUUUUAGUCUUGCUUGUUAUUUUAAACAUUACCAGGUCAUUGAAGUCUUACUCAGUCAGGUUAGACAUAUUGAUGUUAAAAGCAAUAAUGGAUAUAAUCCUCUUAUGCUUGCAAGCAGUAUCGGAUAUUAUAAAGUUGUUAAACUCAUACUAAUGAAGGGUCCAAAUGUUAACAGUCAGAGCAAGAAUGGAUGGACUCCUUUGAUGCUUGCUUGUCAUGGUGGACAUCAUCAAGUCGUUGAACUUCUACUAGAUACAAAUUCAGACAUUAGCAUUCAAGACAAUGUAAGGGGGUGGACUGCGUUGAUGAUUGCUUGUGCCAAUGGGCACUAUCAAGUGGUUAGCCUUUUGUUAAGUAAGCAUCCGAAUAUUAACAAGCAAGGUAGAGAUGGAUGGACUGCUUUGAUGCUUGCUUGUAACAAUGGCCAUUUCAGUGUUGUUGAACUUUUGCUAAAUGAAGAUAUUGAUUUUAAUAUUCAAUACAAAGAUGGAAGGACUGCACUUGCAUUUGCUUUACAAAAAACCAGUGAAACAACAAAUUAUUUGAAUAUUAUGGAACGAUUACUUGAUAGUCAUCCUAAUCACAUGCACCAAGUCAAAAAUUUGACUAUUCAUUUAAUGGUUUUGGCAGCUAGUUAUUGUAACCCUGAUGCUGUGGAGAUAAUCAUGAAAAAAUUUGAAGUCUCUCAGGAGCAUUACAUACAUGCUUUUGUUGCUGCUUGCUAUAGUGGUGGCUCUUCAGUGAUGAUCUUGCUAUCAGACAAAAUAACGAGUUCAAGUAGUGAGAGAGAGCUAUUAUUAGCUGCUGUUGGAGGAGAUUUAGGAUUAUUAGUUAGUAUGUUAUUUAAAGUUGGCAUGAGUCCAGAUACUCCAUUAGCAGGUGGUAUAACUCCAUUGAUGAUAGCAGCUUCGUGUGGACACAUUGAAAUUGUUGAGACACUGAUACAAGCUGGAGCUGACGUUAACAAAGCUAAUGAAGAUGGUACAACUGUACUAGACAUACUGCUUAACAAGGAAGACAGUGUUUUCACAACUGCUAUUGUAGACUUGAUAGUUUCUACUAACAAACCAAUUUCUGCUACUCAACCUCAACCUGUAUUGUCCUCAAAGAGUGACAUAUCAAGUAAUAUCAGUCUAAUACGAUCGAUAACUGAUUCUGAAGAAAAUCCAGUUCAAUUGCAUUCAGAGUUAGUAAUGAGUGCACCACACAGAAAAUCAGAUGAUCGAAAUGGAACAGAAGGCAUGACUGAAGAUACUCAUAAUAUUAGACUCAUUAUGUAGCUACUAUUAAUAAUGCUGUAGCGUUACUAAAUAGGAUUUAACCCACGUACUUCGUAAUUUCUGAUAGGAGCAUAACAUUUUUGUUUUAAUGUAAUUUGUUUUUUUAAUUUUCUACCAUUAAAGUAGAAUGGAGCGAUAAAUAUUAGGAAGAGUGAUAUAACAGCUAGGAUAAAUAAACGUGUUUGUUCAAAGUUAGGUGAGGCAAAUGCUAUUGUAAUAAUUUUAUUUUUUAGAUUUUAUUUUAGAUUGUAAUAAAAUAUUAGACAGAUUAUGUGAUGUAUUAUGAAAGUUCAUGAAUGAUGUUACAUGAGCAUGCAUACGUUGCCAAUUUAAUUUUUUAGCAAUUUCUGACAUGAUAUAAUUUUAUAGAGCAAAACCUAAAAGUAUUAUAUCUAUUUUAGUUUUAGGGUAAAAUCAGGGAUAUAAUAUGACUAAUAGUCUAUUAUAUCCCUGGUAACAUUUUAGGAUUUUUUUUUACGUUUACUGAGUUGUUUAGAUCUAUGACGUGGGCCCAAAAAUGAUUUCGAAUUUUCACUGGCCAGGCGGGUGCGGUCACUUUCAGCAUCUAUACUUUCAGCAUCUAUGCUUUCAGCAUAGAUUCAGAGAGAUGCAGUCUACGCUUGGAACAAAGCUUAGUCGUAAAGGAACACAAUCACUACUAAAACGUUCAUCAACUAAAGAAUUUUCAGAUUUUGCACUUGGUGAGAAAGAUCUUCUAGAUAACAUCAGAGAAGAUUCAGAGCCAUCUGGCUCUAACAGACACCGACACCACGCCAGACUUGAAAAUUCAUACCGUCUAGAACCACAGAAAACCUUCCCUUACUACAAAGCAAGGGCACUCAUGACUGAUCUACUCGAGUCAACUCUAGGAAGUAUUACUACUUAUGAUCCAGACCAGUGUGCUCAACUUGCAACAGACCUGAGUGGUAAAAUUAAGAACAUAGGGAAGGAUUUAAAAAUCCCACGAUACAAGCUUAUCGCACUUGUGCAUGUGGGUCAGAAACAGGAGCAGGGACUGAUGAUUGGCAGUAGGUGUGUGUGGAACACAGAUCAUGACACCUUUGCAUCGGCACAAUUCACCAGCCAUAUCCUCUAUGCUGUUGCAAUGCUGUAUGCGUCGUACUUAGAAUAAACAAGAGUAAGAAGAUAUCUACAUUUGAACUACUUUGAUAGGCUAAAUAGAUACACAUAAUAUAUAUUAAUUACAUCAAUAAAGAACUUUACUGAGUUAUUCAUGCAUAAUGUUCACCCAAUGUACAAAGUAAUUUUAUUGUUUUAACAAAAACUAUAAAUAUAUUAUUUCUCGAUGCCAGGUGUAUAUUUUCAUAAACAAAAUUCCCGGCAA